AUGUCUAUGGCUCGUGUAUCUCCAAGCAUCCCUUUCCUUAUACUAUCGACUUGUCUAGUCGAGGCCGAAGGUAAGCAUUACGAUAGCCACAGAAAACUUUGUACGUAUAUAACGCAGCAUUAAUUGGGAAGAAUCGUAAAAUCAUUGAAUAAUAAUACAACUAUUAUCUAUGAUAGUCAACGUUUAUUCAUAAAUACGGUCCUUCACCGUCACGUGUGUAUUGUAUUUUUGCCAAAUCCACCAAUAGCAAUUUCCAAUUUACCUACCGCCCUACCGUUCGAGUCACGGAUCGGUGACUUUCUUAAAGCAUUGCUAUACUGGUUAGUUGGGCAAAAUACAAUACGCACGUGACGGUGAUGGACCAGAUUUAUAAAUAAAUGUUUGCUAACAAUCUAACAACAUUGUUUUAUCGUACAGGAAAAUGCAAAUGUGUGGACUACCGUCGUGAUUGGUACGUCAUUGUAACGUCGUUUGUCAGUGGUCUAAUCCUCUCAGCCAUUAUUGCGGUUUCAUUAAAGUACUAUUGCCGGCACUGUGGCGGAGUGAAGCCUCGCGCCCCCACGACUGAAUCACAGGAGACGCUUGCGACACAAAGUCAAGGCGAUCUUGAACAGUUUUACGAAGAGGUACCGGGUGCCGGUUCAGAGACUUCAGAGGGUGAUUUUGAAACAGUUGGAAGUUUUGAACAGACAUUUAGGUAA